AGCUUCUGACUCUGGUCACAGUCUUACAGCGAGCAGCCUAAAACCCUGUUUGGAUCAAAAUCUGACAGAAAUAAAUUAUUGAGAAUAUUGACUUGAUUGUCGGGAAAAGAAGGAAUUGACGGAUGGAUAUUCUACUUGUCAUGGGGAAAAUAUUCCUACAGUUUUUCUGGAUUAUAAUGGAGGACUUUAUGAAUGUUAUUUCCACGGCAUGGAGGGAUUUGCCAGGUCUGAGGCAGCUCUUUCCAAAUGCAAAGAAGGAGCCAAUAUACUACAGCAGGAAAAAGGGGCGAGAGAGUGUAGCAUCUCUGUUUAUGACUGUGGAAGAAACCCCCGAACCCAUUCCAGUGAAAGUCAAAGGGGAAAUUCCGAAAUGGUUAAGAGGAAAGCUGCUGAGAAAUGGGCCUGGAAAAUUUGAAUUUGGAAAUGACAUGUACAAUCAUUGGUUUGAUGGUAUGGCAUUGAUGCAUCAGUUCAGAAUUGAAGAUGGCAAUGUAACCUACAUGAGCAAGUUUCUUCGCAGUGAAACCUAUCAGACCAACAGUGCAAACAACCGAAUCAUGGUUUCUGAGUUUGGAACUUUAGCAAUGCCUGACCCUUGCAAAAACAUUUUUGCAAGAUUCCUGAGCAAAUUUGAAAUACCAAAAGCAAGUGAUAAUGGAAAUGUGAACUUUGCACGCUACAAAGGAGAUUACUAUGCAACCACUGAAACUAAUUUUAUUCAUAAAGUGGACCUCAAUACCCUUGACACCAUAGAAAAGGUAGAUUGGACCAAAUUUAUUGCAGUCAAUGGAGCAACAGCCCAUCCUCAUUACGAUCCUGAUGGGACAACCUACAAUAUGGGCAAUUCAUAUGGAAAAAAUGGCACGGCCUAUAACAUCAUUGCAGUUCCUCAGCAGAAGUCAGAUGAUGAGGAGACACUCGAAGACGCUAGAGUUGUUUGUCAAAUAACACCAAUCGACAGCAUGAAGCCUUCUUACUACCACAGCUUUGGAAUGUCUGAGAACUAUGUUGUCUUUGUCGAACAACCUCUGAAAAUAAAUGUAUUGAAAAUUCUUACAUCCAAGUUCAGUGGUGAAAGUUUAAGCUGUGCAUUUAACUGGGAGCCAGAACUCAACACUGUCAUCCAUGUAGCUAAUAAACUCUCAGGAGAGAUUGUUCCCUUCAAGUAUUACAGCAAAGCCUUUAGUACAUUCCAUCAUAUUAAUGCAUUUGAAGAUGAUGGCUUUAUUGUUCUUGAUCUCUGCGGUCUUGAUAAUGGCGAUGUCAUGAAUAACAUCAACCUGCAAAAUUUACGUCAGUCUGGAGAAGCAUUGGAUGAGGUCUACAAUACUUUACCAAAAAGCUUACCACGCAGAUUUGUCUUGCCUUUGAAUAUCAACUCCAACACACCUAUAAAUCAGAACCUCAACACUUUGACAUACAGCAAUGCAGUUGUAUUCAGAACGGCUGAUGGAAAGAUUUGGUGUGAGUUUGAGGACCUCCAUGACGACGAUUUAUUGGAUGAAGGUGGAAUGGAAUUUCCGCAAAUUAACUAUGCAAAGUAUAACAUGAAGAAAUACAAAUUUUUGUAUGGAUGUGGAAUAAACAAUAUCAUGGUAGAUUCUCUUAUAAAGAUGGAUGUGGAAACAAAGAAAUUUAAGAUGUGGAAAGAAAAAGGGUACUAUCCAUCAGAGCCAGUCUUUGUGCCAUCUCCCGACAGUGCAGAUGAGGAUGAUGGAAUUAUCUUAUCUGUAGUUGUUUCGCCAAAUCAGAACAAGAGCAGCUUGCUGCUUAUCCUUGAUGCCAGGACCUUCACUGAAAUAGGAAGAGCAGAAGUGGCUGUCUGUAUACCAUCUGGAUUUCAUGGUGUUUUUGCAGCAAAGUAGACCUUCCACAAAUUGUACAACUGGGUCCCAGCACCUCAAACUCCAAAAACAUUUAAAUGCAUGCUUUUGUUAUAAAGUGAUCUUAACAUUGAAUAAACAGUAAUGAUUAAUUCACAAAUUUAGUGCAAUAGAUCUCACUUAGUAACAACCCAGUAAGCUCAAGUUAUGCUAAAUAGCCAAAGCAUUAUAGCUUUCUGUAAAUUAAGGCCUUAAAAUCACAUUUAAUGUUCAGUUUUAACUAUUUUUGACUUCCUAUUGCUGAUGCACGGGUGUGAUGUUUAAAAAAAUGUUUGCUGUUAGAACGCUGCUUUUCAAAAGAGGCAAAAAAAAUUAUCUUUCUCAGAAAACUGAUAAAACCAUCAGUUACUCUCAAUGGCCAAUCUCUGUAAUAGAGAAUAAGUUACCCAUGAUCAUGGUCCAUCAGUGAGUCAAUCUAUGGAAUGCACCUCCUAGAUAAAUGGUGGAAGGGCUCAGUAUUAAUAUUAUCAGAACUAAAUUAAGCUGAUUUCUUUCACAAGUAAUAUUUUGUAUUCCAUUCUGUGAGAUGGGGUAUGUGGUAAAUGUAACAUUCUUGGCAUAAACAGAUGACUUUGGAGCAAUGUUUCUGAAGCUUACAACCACUCAGACAUUUCUUGUCUCAUUUCACGGUCUGUUUUAGACUAAUUGAUAGCCAUUGAUUAUGUGGUCAGUCAUAAUAUCAUUCAUAAAAUCAGAAUGGAAGAGGCCCUUUGGCCCAUUGAAUCUGUAUCACCAAAAAUACACUACUGUUUAUACCAGUCCCACUUUUCUGCCUUAGUCCUAUAGUUUUGAAUGUAAUGACACUAAGUGUUCAUCCACUACUUU